UUUUCGUGUUUAUGGAGAACUACAUUAUCUUUCAGGUGCUUUACUUUCUAAUUCCAAUAUUGCUGCAAGCAGAAAGUUGUUGCAGGAAUUUAUAGUUGAUAUGUGGGCUACAACAGAACAAAGUCAGCUGAGAUAUUUAUGUUUGAACCAAAGUACACUACGAGCAGAUGUAUACCAGGGAAUUGCUGAUAUUAUAAGAAACACUACAAAUGAAGAAGUAUUGUUAAACAAUUUGGAACAUCGUAUAAUUUUUCUAUUUACUUAUAUUGGAAGUUCACGUCAUAUACUUGAAGUUUUUUAA